AUGUUCGGCCUGGUUCUCUCAGCGCGUAGAAGAACAGCUAGGUGUGACGAGGGAGUGGAUAGGAUGACGCUGGUGGUCGGUGCUGUCACAGUGGGGGAGGUGCCCAUUGGCCUUCCACGCCGACUUGGUCCUCCCUGGGAACAGUGGACAAACCUUGUGUGGCUGUUCUCGCAACUUCCGGCCGGCUCGCCCCGCCCUUCCCACGCUUCUGGUGGAAUGAUUGGGGCACCUGCUCACCGUAGAGAGCUAGCUGCCGGCCGGAUUCUUGGAGGUUUCUCUGGUGCCGGCUUAAAUCGCCUACGUACCGUUUGA